AUGCGCGGCGGCGAACCUGGCUGCCGGGCAUGCACGGACCUGGCCCCCAGUUGCAGGAGGGCUCAAGGCGAGUUGGCUUCCUUCCGGGCGAGCCCGCGUUCCGCCACCACAGCGCUGAAUCGACUGGUCAAGGACAAGCGGUCGGUCGAAGCUGCGAAGUUGUUGGAGGAGCUCAUUUAUGGUCGAGUCGCGGUGGACGAGGUGCACUUUAGAGCGGUGCUUUUCGGCGUGGCUGCUGCACAGUCCUGGAUGCUUGCAGUCCACCUCCUGGCAGAGAUGGAGCAGUGCAGGAUUCCUUACAACAAAGGUGCUUGUGAUGCGGCCAUCAGCUCAUGCCGUUCCAGCGGCAAGUGGGAGUUGGCACUGGGUUUGCUGGCUUCCUUGCACUUGGCGACUUUGGUCGGGGAUGCGGUCACCUUCAGCAACGCGAUGGGCUCCUGCUUGCGCGACUUCCGGUGGCCAACCUCUCUUGCCCUUUUUCGCUCCAUGGCCCUCCGGCAGGUGAGCCCAGACAGCUACUGCUGCAGUGUGGCGCUCAGCUCUUGCAAGGGCCAGGCUUGGAGAGUGACCCAACUACUUCUUGAAGACUACACAUCUGCGAACACGAUCUGUCAGAAUGCAGCCCUUAGUGCCGGCGGGCACUGGGAGUCAGUCCUCGGCGUGGUCGCGGGCUUGGAAACCCGUCAGGUCCAAUCCGACACCGUGACCUUCUCGACGGCAUUGGCCUGCGAGGGCUUUGCUGACUGGCCACUCGCGCUGCGAAUCAUCGACCACAUGAGCGCCAAGAAGGCUACACCGAACAUCAUCGCGGUGAAUGCCGCACUCUCUGUCUGUGAGAUGCGGGGAGAAUGGGAGGCUGCUCUUGCGCUGCUGAAGGAGGCAGUCGCUGAAAGACUAGGUCCCUCUGCAAUCACCCUGAACACCAUCAUCAGCGCCUGUCAAAAGAGCGACGCCUGGGAGGAAGCUGUGGGGCUCCUAUGCCGCAUGCCCGCUCUGCAUCUUCAAAGGGAUUCCUUUACCUACAACGCAGCUGCUAGCGCCUGCUGCAGAAGACAGUGGCGUCGUUCGCUUCAGCU